CAUCCUAUUGCAUCUUUAGGGUUUCCAGUAUCAUUUCUGCACUUUCACGCCCAACGCAUCAAACCUUCACAAACCAGAGGUUAAAGAGGCAGCCCCUUUUGCUGUCCGCCUUGACGCCAUCUUCGUCUUGGCCCUCAAUUUUGCUCUCUCAAAAACCCUAGAAAAAACCUCAAUUCUCACCAAUGGCACCAAAACCAACCAAAGCCGAGAAGAAGAUCUCUUACGACGCCAAGCUAUGCCAGCUUCUCGACGAGUUUUCGCAGAUUCUUAUUGUCAACGCUGACAAUGUUGGAUCUAAGCAGCUUCAGAGUAUUCGAAGCGGUCUGCGUGGGGAUUCGGUGGUUCUCAUGGGGAAGAACACUAUGAUGAAGAGAUCUGUUAGGAUGCAUGCUGAGAAGACCGGGAACAAUGCUUUUCUUAACCUGAUUCCUCUGCUUGUUGGAAAUGUUGGUUUGAUUUUCACCAAGGGUGACUUGAAGGAGGUUAGCGAAGAGGUUGCCAAGUACAAGGUUGGAGCCCCUGCUCGUGUUGGUUUGGUCGCUCCCAUUGAUGUUGUUGUUCCUCCUGGCAACACAGGGCUUGACCCAUCCCAGACCUCUUUCUUCCAGGUUCUCAACAUUCCCACAAAGAUUAACAAGGGUACUGUUGAAAUCAUCACCCCUGUUGAACUUAUCAAGAAGGGAGACAAGGUGGGAUCUUCUGAAGCUGCAUUGCUUGCCAAGUUAGGCAUUAGGCCUUUUUCAUAUGGUCUUGUGGUCGGUUCUGUUUAUGACAAUGGCUCUGUAUUUAGCCCUGAAGUUCUUGAUCUUACCGAUGAUGACCUUGUUGCUAAGUUUGCUAUUGGUGUCUCAAUGGUUACUUCACUUUCCUUGGCCAUUUCAUACCCUACACUGGCUGCUGCUCCUCACAUGUUUUUGAAUGCCUACAAGAAUGUUCUUGCCAUUGCUGUGGCAACUGAAUAUUCAUACCCUGAAGCUGAUGAGGUUAAGGAGUAUCUAAAGGAUCCAAGUAAGUUUGCUGUAGCUGCUGCAGCUGCUCCUGCUGAUGCAACUUCUGCUGCUCCUGCUGCUGCCAAGGAGGAGAAGAAGGAGGAGCCUGAAGAAGAAUCUGACGAAGACAUUGGUUUUGGUCUUUUUGGUGAUGAGUAAAUCCCAUAUUUUGGUUGUUAGAUUUUCUGAACCAUUUCUUCAUUUUAGAAGUUAUGUAGUUUGCUUAUUGUCUGGUUUGUGUUUUACAUUAUGACUUCUUUUGGUAAUGUUAUGUUUAAUUUUUGCUA